AUGCCGUCAAGGAGGCCAUGGGUAAAUGACGAGGAGACGGCCGCCGGCGACAAGCCUAAGGAUGAAGCCAAGGUAGAGAAAGAUGCUGAGAAGAAGGAAGACAAGCAGGAGAGUGCUGAGUCCAAGAAAGAGCAGAAACCGGAGGCCAAAGCAGAGGAGGAGAAGCAGGAGAAGCCGAAGGAAUCGAAGCCCGAGGUCUUCGACGAGCUGCAAGAUGCUGCGGAUGCUAUGAAAGCAGCCGAGAAGGCUACACAGGAAGCAAUCACAGUUGGUCACAAGGCCAUAGCAGCUGCGGAUAAAAAGGUGAAGGAGCAGGUAGCCGUUGCCGAAGCGGCCAAAGAAGCAAAAGAGAAGGUUGGCAAAGCUGAUGCUUUGAAGGACUUCGAUGACUAUUUAUCUUUUCGCAAGCUUCAGGUACUGUGA